AUGGCUGGAUUUGGAGGAAAAUUGAAGAUUUUGAGGCCAGUUUUGUCGAUUUUAUGGAGUUUUCUUUUAGCUGCUAUUUUUGUAUCAGCAGAAAGAAGAAUCAAGAGGGAAGUUAUUGAACAAAAUGCAGCUGAGCUUUCAGAUGCAGAUUACCUUUCAGCUGUUGCCAACUUCUUAUGGAAGCCUAAUGAAUCUGGUUACCAACAUGUUUGGCCGGAUUUGAAAUUUGGAUGGCAAAUUGUUCUUGGUUCCACAAUUGGAUUCUUGGGCGCAGCAUUUGGGAGUGUAGGUGGUGUUGGUGGUGGUGGCAUAUUCGUACCCAUGCUUAGUCUUAUUGUCGGAUUUGAUCCGAAAUCAGCUACAGCAAUUUCAAAAUGUAUGAUCAUGGGAGCUGCAGUCUCUACUGUUUACUAUAACUUAAAGCUCAGGCAUCCCACAAUUGCCAUGCCUAUUAUUGAUUAUGACUUGGCUGUGCUCAUUCAGCCAAUGUUGAUGCUUGGCAUUAGUAUUGGAGUCACUUUCAAUGUGAUAUUUGCAGAUUGGAUGGUUACGGUUCUGCUAAUUGUUCUCUUUUUUGGCACGUCAACCAAGGCCUUUCUAAGAGGUGUUGAGACAUGGAAGAAAGAAACUAUUGUGAAAAAGGAGGCUGCUGCUAAACUUUUACGAACAAAUGGCACGGUUGAUGAAGCAGAAUACAAGCUCCUUCCUGGCGGUCCAGCCAAGGGUGCAGUUGAACCACAGGUCCCUAUCAUGGAGAACAUUUGCUGGAAGGAAUUUGGACUUCUCAGUUUUGUUUGGGUUGCAUUUCUAGCACUGCAAAUUGGAAAGAUUUACACAUCUACUUGCUCGGCAUGGUACUGGGUGGUGAAUUUAUUGCAGGUCCCAGUUUCUGUUGGGGUAUCUUUUUAUGAAGCUAUUAGCCUGUACAAAGGAUGGAGAAGGAUUCAAUCCAAGGGAGAUGAUGGCACAGAUUUCCGAGUGACACAACUGAUUGCUUAUUGCUCCUUUGGAAUACUAGCUGGUAUGGUUGGUGGACUUCUUGGUCUUGGUGGAGGAUUUAUCAUGGGUCCACUGUUUUUGGAGCUUGGCGUCCCUCCUCAGGUCUCAAGUGCCACGGCUACCUUUGCGAUGAUGUUCUCCUCAUCAAUGUCCGUGGUGGAGUAUUACCUUCUAAAGCGUUUCCCAGUUCCUUAUGCUCUCUACUUUGUUGCUGUGGCAACUAUUGCUGCUUUCGUUGGGCAACAUGUCGUUAGGAGGUUGAUUUUUGUAUUAGGUCGGGCAUCACUUAUCAUCUUCAUCCUUGCCUUCACAAUUUUUGUGAGCGCAAUAUCACUAGGUGGAGUCGGGAUCUCAAAUAUGAUUGGGAAGAUCCAACGCGAUGAAUACAUGGGAUUCGAAAACCUUUGCAAAUAUAGGAUUUAAGAAAUGGUGUGAAAGGAACUGAUCCCUCAAGUUGGUUCCAUUCUACAUUAGCUAUA